AUUGAAAAAAAGCUCCUUUCAGGUGUGUUUUUACUAAACUAAACUCUAGAGCUGAGAGAACACGCUGAGAGAAGUCUUUUACAGAACUAAAGAGGUACAUAUCAGAACCACUCCAAAAUGGCAGAGUCAGCCGAGGCCGUGGUAGCUAACCUGAGCAGCAGGAGGAAUGUCACCAUUGAGAUCACCAAUCUCACAAACAACUACUGUCUCAUCAACCCAAAGGUAUUCCUGGAGAGUGGGGAUACCUACCACCCUCCCCAGCCCACAGUGCGCCCCCUAAAGACCGAAGUCUGCACGUUCAGCAAAUCAAGCGCCAAGGCAACGGGCAGCUAUGGCGUUCUGACCUAUGACCUCUUUGAGARGUCCCGGAACGACUACAUCGAGACGGUGGCCCUCAUGUUYGGUGUGCCCUGGGACUACAACAUCUACAARAACUGGUUCGCYGUGGGCAUCUYCAACAAGGGCCGARCCUGUGAUGMGUCACUGUAYAAAGAGAUGUACWAYGAAAAGAMCCAGAAAGGUUUCAUAAGAGAAGAAGCCAAUGGCUCAGGGAUCASCUAUGAAGGGAACUACCUGGACAUCAAGGCCACCAUGUCCCCCAUGGGCAGGGCCAUCAUGAAGGUGGAGGUAUGGGACAAGCUGUUCACUCCCAGCCAGCAGACCCACUAAGGGGAACCUCCAGCCUCCACCCUCUCCACCAGCACUACAGUAUACCUCUGCUGUGUUGUACCUCUGUAACCAAUCCAUCCACCAAUAGAUAUUACUAUUCUGCCGUACUGCUACUGUUUGUAUGUUUUGUUGCUGACAUGUCUGAAUUUCAAGACAACACCUUUCAGUAAAUCUGCUUAAGAUCACCGUUUAGUUUGCUUAUGAAUCCAGGCAGAAGCGAUAUCUGCUCUUUUCUGUAGAAGUCACUGUUCUGUUCAUCUCUCAGUAGCAUCCUCUUUCAACUGGCAUCUUCUCUAGAAAUGUAAAUCAAACAAUGACUCACCAGAGGACGAGGGUGCAUAGCUUACUUAACAACACAUGGCCAGGAGCUGUCUCUGUCUGUAUCUUCUUAUGGCAUUACUAGUCUAUGAAAUAAAUGUUGUUGUUUUGCUAAAGCUA